AUGGGGGUAACCCAUAAUUAUGCAUCCAGACACGGCCCCAGGACUGUCUCUCUCAUUCCAGCUGCUCCCAGACUCUCCAUCCCCCAGCGAUCGGCCGUGACAGACACAGUGACCUCCUUCCCCUGCCACGUGUGGGGAUUCUACCCCGGGGACGUCACCGUCACGUGGCUGAGAGACGGGCGGGUUCUGACCGACGCCACCCGCUCUGCCCCCCAGAGGAACCCGGACGGGACCUUUAACCUCACCCUGACCUACACCUUCACCCCCACCGAGAGCGACUCCGGCAGCAUCUUCUCCUGCCACGUCAGCCACGCGGCUCUGGCCCAGCCCCUGCGGGAGGAGUUCCCCCUGGCUGUCACAGGAGCGGAUCACACCAGAUCCGCGAUCAGGGCGACCCUGGGGAUCCUGGUCGCAGGGGGAGCUGCAGCAUUAGCCAUUUACUGCCGGAGGAGGAGGCGGGAAGCCCGGCCGCAGGUGUCCAGGAUCCAGGUGUUACCGCACUGGGAGCCCCGGGAUAAGGUUUGCCGUCCAGAUCCAGAACUUUUACCCCAGGGGGAUUCACCAGAUCCAGUGGAGCUGGGACGGGGCAGAGAGCGGGAGAGACAAGACCCCAGAAAUCAGCCAGAACCCAGAUCUCACGUUCAGCGCUACCAGCGUCUGGAGACUCCCCAGUGA